AGAGGGAGAGAGAGAGAGAGAGAGAGAGAGAGAGAGAGAGAGAGUAUGAUGAGAAACCAUGGGAGCGGGGGGUUGGGAGGGCGAGGAAUGCAGAAACUGCGGUUCCUAACAGCAAAUCCGAAAUCUAGCCGUUGUGUCAGAUUCCCAACACGAUCUCUGCGAUUUUCCGACGAAUUUGCAGUCUUGGGUCUCACUCCUUUUGCCUCUAAAGCCGAUGUUAAGCAAGCCUACAAGCGAUUGGCUCUCAAGUAUCACCCAGAUGUGAUGAAAGGGGAGAACCUACCUGAGAAACAGGACAUUUUCAGGGAAAUCAAAUCUUCAUACGAGAAACAAUUAAGAAAAAUGAAGGAUUUUGAUACCAAUUUAGCCAGUCUUAAAUCGGAUCAAAGCAAGGGAUUGGCAUUCUUUGGUGAAAGUUUUACGAGCAAGUGACAGAGGAAUGCACCAAUGAGAUGUGACAAAACAGUGUCAUACACAUAAGAGGACAGUGAGAUCAUUUUAUGUGAGAAGAAGAGAGAGACAGAUAUGCUAUUGUAACUUGUCUCAGUGGCUCUGAGAUCCUUUUUUCAUGUAUCAACUAGAAAAAGCCUUGGUGAAUGCCUCCACCAAUUUUUAUUAUGUUGGAUGGUCAGAUGAGACGAGGGUUUUUGAUAUAUUUAAAUUUAUUGGUCCGUCUCAAUUAUAAAAUUGUUUAUAUAUCUAA